UCAAAUCCCUCUUUCGCUGCCUGCCUCUGCUCUGUUAAACCUUAAGUUGCUGCUACCAUUUUCAGUUUCAAGAGGUUCGCUCGCACGUUACAGACACAACUUCCUACUCUUCCAAGCAACCCUAAUUUUUUCUAUUGUGCAUUACUUUUCUCUUCUUGUUUUUUUAUUUUCCGAAAGCUGUAGCUUCGUUUACUUAAUUCAUUUCGGGGGCAAAAUGUGAGCUAUCGGAUUGUUUCAUUUUCUGUUUAUUUUUAGCUAUUUUUCAUUUCAGCUAAUAAGUAUGUGCUUUGCUAUAGCUACCAUUAUUGUUACUUCUUUUUCCCUGUGUUUUUGAGGUGUAUUUGCAUCUAAUGGUGUGAUAAUCUGCUCGGUUUUUUUUUUUGGAUAAAAAUCUCGAUUGGUUUAGCCGAGGGGAAGUGGCAUAACAUUUUUGGAAGGUGCUGCGGAACUUUAGUGAAGUUGGUAUCUAAUAGUAGUCAGAGUAAACCCUUACAAUGGAAGAAGAACCGGCUGCACUAGGGAAGCGGAAAUCACCUGAAAAACCACAUGUUACCGAGACCCCUAAGCAAGAAUCAGCCUCCAAACGGAGAAGUCUAGCACGAACAUGCGUGCAUGAGGUUGCAGUUCCAAGUGGGUACACUUCAAUUAAAGAUGAAUCGAUUCAUGGGACUCUCUCAAAUCCAGUGUACAAUGGGGAAAUGGCCAAAACUUAUAUGUUUGAGCUUGACCCGUUUCAGCAAGUAUCCGUGGCCUGCUUGGAAAGAAAUGAGUCGGUUUUGGUCUCAGCACAUACGUCUGCCGGUAAGACUGCGGUUGCUGAGUAUGCUAUUGCAAUGGCCUUUAGGGAUAAGCAGAGGGUCAUAUAUACUUCACCAUUGAAAGCUUUGAGCAACCAGAAGUAUAGGGAGCUGCAUCAUGAGUUCCAAGAUGUGGGGCUGAUGACUGGUGAUGUUACCUUGUCUCCUAAUGCUAGUUGUCUGGUCAUGACAACAGAGAUUCUUAGAGGGAUGCUUUAUAGGGGAUCAGAGGUUUUGAAGGAGGUUGCGUGGGUAAUCUUUGAUGAAAUUCAUUAUAUGAAGGAUAGGGAAAGAGGGGUUGUUUGGGAAGAGAGUAUAAUAUUUUUGCCACCAGCUAUAAAAAUGGUUUUCCUUUCAGCGACAAUGUCCAAUGCCACUGAGUUUGUGGAGUGGAUUUGUCAUCUACACAAACAGCCUUGUCAUGUGGUGUACACAGAUUUCAGGCCAACACCUUUGCAGCAUUAUGUUUUCCCCAUGGGUGGGAGUGGAUUAUAUCUUGUGGUUGAUGAGAAUGAGCAAUUCAGGGAGGACAAUUUCAUGAAGGUCCAGGAUUCAUUCAUAAAGCAGAGACCGGGUGAUUUGAACAAGAGUGCAAAUGGAAAAAGUAGUGGGAGAAGUUCCAAAGGUGGGAGUGCUUCAGGGGGCUCUGACAUAUACAAAAUUGUGAAGAUGAUUAUGGAACGGAAAUUUCAUCCAGUCAUUGUUUUUAGCUUCAGUCGAAGAGAGUGUGAAUAUCAUGCAAUGUCUAUGUCCAAGCUUGACUUCAAUACACAGGAGGAGAAGGAUGAUGUAGAACAGGUUUUUCGCAAUGCGGUACUCUGCUUGAAUGAAGAAGAUAGAUGUUUGCCUGCUAUUGAAUUAAUGUUACCCUUGCUUAUGAGAGGCAUUGCUGUACAUCAUUCUGGUUUGCUCCCUGUUAUCAAGGAAUUGGUGGAGCUUCUUUUCCAGGAAGGCCUUAUAAAGGCACUUUUUGCCACAGAAACAUUUGCGAUGGGUUUAAACAUGCCUGCAAAAACUGUUGUAUUCACUUCUGUUAAGAAGUGGGAUGGUGAUAGCCAUCGUUAUAUCGGAUCUGGUGAGUAUAUCCAGAUGAGCGGAAGGGCCGGGCGUCGUGGCAAGGAUGAACAUGGUAUUUGUAUCAUUAUGAUUGAUGAGCAGAUGGAGAUGAAUACACUCAAGGACAUGGUAUUGGGUAAACCGUCACCUUUAGUCAGUACUUUCAGACUGAGUUACUAUUCAAUUUUGAAUUUAAUGAGCCGUGCGGAAGGCCAGAUCACUGCUGAGCAUGUGAUAAGGAACUCAUUCCACCAGUUUCAAUAUGAGAAGGCCUUACCUGAUAUAGGAAAGAAGGUUUCAAAGCUGGAACAGGAAGCUGCCUUGCUUGAUGCUUCAGGAGAGGCUGAAGUAGCUGAAUAUCAUAAACUAAAACUGGAAAUAGCCCAGUUAGAGAAGAAGUUGAUGUCUGAAAUUACUAGGCCUGAAAGAAUUCUUUAUUAUCUUGAUCCUGGACGGCUGAUCAAAGUAAGAGAAGGCAGUACAGAUUGGGGCUGGGGAGUUGUAGUUAAUGUUGUUAAAAGACCCUCUGCAGGUUUAGGUGCAUUGCCUGCUCGUGGUGGUGGUUAUAUCGUGGAUACACUACUUCAUUGUUUACCUGGUUCUAGUGAGAAUGGUGCACGGCCAAAACCAUGCCCACCCUGUCCUGCAGAGAAGGGUGAAAUGCAUGUGGUUCCUGUUCAGUUGCCCCUUGUUUCUGCUCUGAGCAAAAUCAGAAUAUCCAUACCUCCUGAUCUUCGGCCACCUGAAGCCAGGCAGAGUAUAUUGCUGGCAGUGCAGGAGCUAGGAACUCGAUUUCCGCAAGGCCUUCCAAAACUUAAUCCCGUCACGGACAUGAAAAUUGAAGAUCCAGAAAUUGUUGAGUUGGUGAAACAAAUUGAGGAACUCGAGAAGAAGUUGUUUGCUCAUCCACUCCACAAGUCUCAAGAUGUGCAUCAAAUUAGAUCUUUCCAGAGGAAGGCAGAGGUGAAUCAUGAGAUUCAACAACUCAAGUCAAAAAUGCGUGAUUCCCAGCUUAAAAAAUUCCGCGAUGAACUAAGGAACCGUUCAAGGGUACUGAAGAAGCUAGGCCAUAUUGAUGCUGAUGGUGUUGUCCAGUUAAAGGGACGGGCAGCCUGCUUGAUAGACACUGGAGAUGAACUGCUUGUUACAGAACUGAUGUUUAAUGGUACCUUCAAUGAUCUUGAUCAUCACCAAGUAGCUGCCCUCGCAAGUUGUUUCAUUCCAGUAGACAAAUCAAGUGAACAAAUACAGUUGAGGACAGAAAUUGCUAAACCGUUACAGCAACUCCAAGAAAGUGCAAGAAAAAUAGCAGAGAUACAACAUGAAUGCAAAUUGGAUGUAAAUGUUGACGAGUAUGUAGAAUCAACAGUAAGGCCAUUCUUGAUGGAUGUGAUUUAUUGUUGGUCAAAGGGUGCAACUUUUGCAGAGAUAACACAGAUGACUGAUAUAUUUGAAGGUAGCAUUAUUAGGAGUGCUAGAAGACUUGAUGAGUUUCUGAACCAGCUGCAUGCUGCUGCUGAAGCCGUCGGAGAAGUUAAUUUGGAGAAGAAAUUUGCUGCAGCAAGUGAGAGCCUACGGCGAGGCAUCAUGUUUGCAAACUCCCUUUAUCUGUAAAUGUGUGUUUUUGGCAGGCUACUUGCGUUACGGAAUUCAACCAUGCAAGUUUUCAGUUGUCUUAUGCUCUGUCAUAUGCUGACAUCUUAGAUUUCUCCUCUUUGUCUUUACAAUUUUUUCCCCUGCCCCCUUAUUUUCCUUCCCAUUUUAGACUAUACUUAAGGGACUGUAGCUCUAAGUUUUGUUAAUUGUAGUCACUAAUUUUUGUUAUAUUCGAUUUGUAACAGAUAUGCCCAUGAUAUCAUAUAUUGUUCAAACGAAAA